AUGCCUUCAGAACCAAGGUUGAAUCCCCCUCCACAAAGAGGUUCACAACAAGAUGCAUCAUCAUCACCACGGCCCGGAGUUUCUCAGGAUUCCGACCUACAGGAUCAGUUAGCUAAUUUGCAACCCGGUUCUUCUACCACCACCACAAGUACAAUUAUCACUAUAAAAAUGACUACAAUUACUCAUACAGAUGCUAAUAACAAUUCAACUACUACUACGACUGUCACCACUGAUAUUUCUCCAGUGACAAGCAAUACAGUUUCCUCAGAUCCUGCUACAGUAACAGUAGAAACCAGGGAAAUGCCACCACAAAUAACUCGUUUCCCAACACAAAUAACUCCAAUUAUUGCAAAUAAUAACAACACGAAUGUUAACAAUACUACAACGGUUAAUCCAUCCGAAUCUAAUAAUUCAGUUUCACAAAUUCAUCAGGCGUCAAAUGCGACGCAGUUUACGGAACCAACAAAUUCUAGUCAAUUACAACAACACUUGGCUGCUACCUCUUAUGCUCCUCAAAUAGCAUCAAUAAUUAAUAACGUCGCAUCAAAUUUGGCUGUAAAUGCUGGCAUCAACUCGAAUGUUUUAGGCUCUCAAUAUAAUAAUGUGUCAACAACAGAUUCCCCACCUUACAUCGUUAAUCCUUCAAUGAUUACGUCUAAUAAUACUAUUAAUUCUGUUCAUUCACCAAUUACAUCAAAUCAUACUUCAAGUUUUCAUAAGGGUUCUGCCAUAAAUACUUUUAAUUCUUCACCGUUGCCACCGUCUCAUAUUGGUACGUCUCACAACAGUAAUCCUAGCAUCCAAUCAGGAGUUUCGUCUCAUCAUUCUAGCCAAUCUGGAAUUUCACCACAUCAUGAUAAUCAACCUUUAAUUUCUUCUCGUCACGACAGUCAACCUUUAAUUUCUCAUAGUAAUUGUCAAUCCGGAAUUUCGACUCAUUAUACUAGUCAAUCUGGAAUUUCACCUCACCACAAUAAUCAAUCCGGAAUUUCAUCACAUCACAACAAUCAAUCCGGAAUACCUACUCAUGUUUCUAACCAGUCAGUUAUUUCUCCUCUUCAAGACAGUCAAUCGGAAAUGUCUGCUCAUCGUACUUGUCAAGCUGAGAUGUCUUCUAACCAAGUAGAGCAAAAUAUGAACAAUAAUAAUUCUAUGAUUAGACAACAUCAUGGUGUUAAUUCUAUCAAUAUGCUGUUAGACACGACACUAACUAGCGCGAUUGUAAGGUCCCCAAGUACAGCGACCAUAAAUUCUAAUGGAUCUAUCCCUAGUCCAAUAGAUUCUGCUAAUGUACCACCAAUUAAUUCACCAAUUUCUUUUGGUGAAUCUACACUUUCUAUGGACAAUCCUAUUGGCGGUUUAGUUAAUCAAAUGAAUAAUCCAUUAAGUAUACCACAAAACUCAAUACAAAGGCCCAAAUAUCAUAGUCUUCCGGAUCUAGAUACACUCGAUACUGUCUAUGAUGUUUGGAAUGAAUGGAAUGUUGGUUUAGACGGAAAUCCUUCAAUCAUUACAUUAUUAGAGGUUUAUGGGAACAAAUGGGCUGGUGAAAAUAAAGAUACAUUGAUCGCUCGUAAAAAAAUUAUAAAGGAGAUACAAACAAAGACAAAUAAUAUAGGAGUUGACAAAGCAAUAAGUGAAAUGGAACGAUUAAGAAACGGUAAUGGUUUAACUUGGCUAUCAAAAAAAUUUGGCGGAAAAAAGAAGGCAACACCUGCGCAUCGUGGAUAA